UCAUCUCGUUCCUGCUUUGGUUGGAGAUCAGACCAGCUAGCUGCGAGCUAACUAGCCACAUUUCUUUAUUUUUUUUUCAUAGUUUUAAGGACUCGGUUAUAAUAAGGUGUGUUUUAUCGUCUGACUCGACGGGAUAUUACUUAUCGGCAAAGUCCCCUCGACCAAGUUUUCUCUCCGCUCCCGGAGAAAACACUGAGCCAUGUACAAUGGGAUCGGCCUGACGACUCCGCGAGGCAGCGGCACCAACGGCUAUGUACAACGCAACCUGUCCAGCCUGCGGGUCAAGCGGCCGCGGGACGAGCGUGGCGGUGAGCGAGAUGAGAAGGACCGGGAGAGGCUGGAGAGUCAGCUCAACAGGCAGCCCAAUGCUGACAUCCUGGAGCACCAGCGGAAGAGGCAGCUGGAGGUCAAGUGUGCCGAGCUGCAGGACAUGAUGGAGGAGCAAGGGUAUUCAGCGGAGGAAAUCGAGGAGAAAGUCAACAGUUUCCGUAUGAUGCUGCAGGAGAAGCAGGAGCCGGCUCCCGCCGCCACCGAGAGGCCAACGGCGACAGAGACUCAUGCUCUGGCUGCAGCCAACCAGCAGAAGAACGAUCGCCUUCGAGCUGCUUUCGGCAUUGCCAGUGACUAUGUAGAUGGCUCAUCCUUCCACGCCGACCGCAAGGAGAAAGAGAAGGAGAAGAGGGAGCAAGAGCGCCUGGAGAGGGACAGGCUGCAGCAGCAGAAAUACACGUUGGUGGAAGAUUCAGACAACUCAGAGUCUCCUCCCAAGAAGCGCAGCCGGAAGAAGAAAAAGAAAAACAAGACCAGAGACAGCAGCUCAGAGAGUCCGUCCCCGUCUCCUCGACGAGAGAAGAAGAAAUCCAAAAAGAAGAAAAAGAAACGUGAGGCGUCAGAAGACGAGGAGGAGGAAGAAGACGACAGUUCCUCAGAUGAGAAGCAGAAGAAGUCAAAGAAGAAAACAAAGAAGAGUGAAAGUUCAAGUCCUCCAAAAUCAAAAGCAGUGCCUGGACCCAGGAGUGUGUCCUCCAGCUCUGCUCACAGCGAGUCUCCAGCUCCACUGAGAUCACGUCAAGAGGAACAAACUGCAAGAAAAGCUGAUGAAGGCAGAAAGGGGAGAUCUCCAGACAGGAGAAGACGAGGCUACGAGGAGCACAGCCCGCAUCAUCAGGGAGGAGAAGGGAAAAGGCCCAAUCUUGAGAGAGAGAAACAGCGGCCGAGUGAGACGGAGAAGACCUCCUCCAAGAGGAGACAUGACUCUUCAUCUCCUUCUCCACCACCACAGACAGAAAAAAACAAGGAGAGGGAGAAGAGGAGGCGUUCCCGGAGCAUAGAAAACGAGAGGGAGAAAGGGAGACGUUCAAGAAGCAGAGAGAUGGAGAAGAGGAGGCUUUCCAGGAGCAUAGAAAAAGAGAGGGAGAGAGGAAGGAGCCCCAGAAGCAGAGAGCUGGAGAGAGGGAGGCGUUCAAGGAGCAGAGACAACGAGAGGGAGAUUAGGAGGCGCUCCAGAAGCAGAGAAAUGGAGAAAGGGAGGCGCUCCAGAAGCAGAGAGAUGGAGAAAGGGAGGCGCUCCAGAAGCAGAGAGAUGGAGAAAGGGAGGCGAUCGAGGAGCAGAGACGUGAAGAAAGUGAGGCGUUCAAGGAGCAGAGAGGUGGAGAAAGUGGAGCGUUCAAGGAGCAGAGAAAAGAGGGACAAAGGAAAGGAGAGCGUUCCUCAGAGGACCAGACAUGACUCGUCCUCAUCCCGUUCUCCUUCUCCUCCACCUCCUCCCAAACAGGAGACUAGGAGGGGAAGGAGCAGAGACACUGAGCGCGAAAAAGACCGAAGUAAACAUGACAAAAAGACGAGACACGACUCCUCGUCUCCCUCACAUCCCCCGGAGAAGGACAGGGCAAGGAGUGGAGAGAGGGAGCGCAGGACCGACAGAGAUCUGCAGUCAAAGGCAGCAAAUGAGAGGGACAACAGGAGAGAUGCUGGGAAGAGACAGGAGAGGGAGGCGUCUCCCUUCCAACAGAGAAAUGACCGAAGGAGGGAUGGAGGACAUCCCUCCUGUGAUCCCCCUUCACCUGCCUCUCGCUCACCUGUCGCCAAUGGGCGUCAAAGGGAAAGGGAGGACGAGAGGAGACGAGAGAAAGACAGGGAAGACAUUAAGGAGAGAGGCAGGCAUCUGAGGGAGCCAGACAGAGAUUUUGGUCAAGAAGGAGGCAGAAAGAGAGAAGAGGCUGUCCGAUCGACUGCAGAAAGCAAGCGAGAUGGAUCCAGGAAGGCGGAGAAAGGCAGGAGCGAAAGACCAGAGACAACCGAGAGGCAAGAGAUGACUAGAAGCCCUCCCCGGAAGGAGAAACGUGACGACAAGGAGAGAAAAGUAGAGAGCAGCAGCAGUAGCAGCAGCGGUAGCAGCAGCAGUAGCAGUAGUGAUAGUGACAGUGAUAGCUCCUCCUCUUCAUCCUCCUCUUCCUCUUCCUCCUCGUCCUCAUCCUCUGAAGAUGAGGGCAAGGCGAAGAAGGAUGGGUCAGCGGAGAGGGAAAAAGGCCCCGCGAAAAAUCCACCAUCUGCCAUUGGAGCUGCAGUCCAGAGGUAUCUAGCCAACGGCAGAAAGGAAAGUCCUGUCCCUGCUGCUGAGGGUGACGGGGCUCGACGAGCCCAGAAGGAGAGAGAAGCUGGAGCAGACAAGCAUGAGAGAGGGAGAGCAGAGAGUUACCCGUCCCGGAGUAAAGGUCAGGAGCGAUACAGCCCCUCACAGAUGGACAGCCCCAGUCCUCCUCCUUCACCAUCCAGCAGAGCAGACGCCAGCAGAGGCAGCAGCAGGUACCCUCCCUCUGAGGCAGAGGCAGAGAAAACAAGGGUGGAGGGGAGAGUUGGAGAGAGAGAGAGGGUGAGGGAGAGGGAAGCAGCAAGGAGACCGGUGAGGUCCAGCCCUUCAGCCAGGAGGUCACGCUCUCCACCUCAGAAAACCUCCACCGCCUCCCCAGCACGUCGCACGCCACCAAGGCAGUAUCAGGAACCCCCACCCCGAUCCAGGAGAGCUUCACCUCCUCCAGCCUGGUCAGACCGGGAGAGAGAAAGGGACAGAGACAGGCAGAGGGACAGAGAAAGAGACAGAGACAGGGAGAGGGAGAGAGACAGGGAGCGGGACAGAGAGAGGGACAGAGAGAGGGAGCGGGACAGAGAGAGGGAAAGAGAGAGGGAGAGAGAACGUGAGAGGAUUUCCAGGAGGAGCAGGAGCCCAAGAAGGCGCAGCAGGUCCAGGUCGAGAAGUCCGAGGAGACGAAGCCCCCCCAGCAGGCCUCGCCGCUCUCCCUCUCCACAGCGCCGCAGGAGGACCAGUCGCUCCCUGUCGAAAGAGAGAGCCAGAGAAAGGGAGCACGAGAGGAUCAGGCAGAGGGAGGUGGAACAGGAGAGAGAAAGAGUAAAGGAGCAGCAGCUGCCCCCAAAACAAGAUCCCCAGCCCCACAGGUCCUCCUCGUCCUCCUCUUCCUCCAGUUCCUCCUCUUCCUCAUCCUCCUCCCCGUCACUGCAGCGAGAAAGGAAAGAAGACACAAAAGCACCAGCAGAGAGAGACAGGAGGACAGAGCGAGAGGACGGGGAGCAGAAGAGUCGCUCCUCUUCCACACAAGGUCUCUCCAGAGACUCCUCCAGCGCCCCGGCCUCAGGGAGGAGAGGCUCCCAGCCCGACUCCAGGCGCCCCGACGGGCCCUCCAGGAGGUCUCCGGCCUCUAGGAGGUCUCCAGCCUCUAGGAGGUCUCCAGCCUCUAGGAGGUCUCCAGCCUCUAGGAGGUCUCCAGCCGGCAGCCAGCUAGAAGCCAAGCAGUCGUCUCGCGGCUCCAGCAGGAAGCAGUCGCCUGUGACCGCCCCUCAGCCGUCAAACCAAACAGUGAGAAGUGAGAACGCUGUGAACGGGAAGGAGGCAAACAACAAAGCCAGCAGGAGCUCCAGCUCCAGCUCCUCCUCUUCGUCCUCAUCCUCCUCGUCCUCCUCCUCUUCAUCAUCGUCAUCAGACAGCUCCGACUCUGAAGCGGAGCAGGGGAAAGAGAAGCCAGUGAAAGCUCAGAGCUCUGCUUCCUCGUCAUCCUCAUCGGAGAAUGAAAAGGAAACUAAGAAAAAGAGCCCUGCCAUGCCUCGGAGGGUGCCGGCCGACUCACUGAGAGACUCCCGCUCACUCAGUUAUUCUCCUCCAAGGUACAUGAGAGCGGCGCUGCCCUCGCCAAGCCGCAGAAGUGGCAGCAGGCAGUCACCGAGGCACAGCUCCACCAGCAGACGAAGGAAAUGAGCGGACAGCUGGAGGCGCUUCUCUUCUUCUGUGUAGUUUCUGUGUUGGUUCCUGCUGGUCUGAACUGGACUCUAACGGGGACGUCACAGCCAGCCGUCAGCAGAAUGUCCCGAGCCACCACACACUUAUCAACAAUGUGUUUGUUUUCUGAGAGGCAGUGACCCGAGGCUGACUUGUACAUUUCUUUUUAUGAGCAGAAUAAGAAAGGUGCACAUUGACACACGCAGACAGUCCGUCAAAUGUAACUCUAACAUUCUUCCUCUGUACUCGUACUGUUUGUUGCGUUCUCCCUGUAGAUAUGAGCUGUCUGUAUUUUGGUUAUUAUCAUGUAACAGAUUCAAAUUUCCAUUUAAUGUGAGCAGAAACUGAAACGUGGUUAAUUUCUUUGUUGAAAAUGGUUAAUAAAAGGCAAUUGUACAUUU